UUGGCAUUCUUAACAAGCUUAACAAACAAUGCCAAAAUCUAGUUUAAAAUUUGUUGGUCUUAACAACUGCUUGGUAAAAAUUAAGUAAUGAAUCAAGUUUUAAGUUUGCAAGCCUUCCCAAAACUGUAUUUGAAAUUUUUUUUAAUUUUCUUACCAACCAGUUGUUAAGACCAACAAAUUUCCUCAAUCUUUCCCAAUGGCGUUUAGAUUUCGGCAUUCUUAACAAUCAGUUGUUAAGAGUUGCUCUCUGUGAAGCAAAUUCUGAUAUUCUAACCAAGCAGUUGUUUACACGGUUUUGUAGAGGUUUACAAACCGAUAACUUGAUUUUUUGCUUGAUUCUUGCCAACCAGUUGUUAGGACUUGCAAACUUUGCACUGUAAGAGAUUUUGGCAUUCAUAACAAUCAGUUGUCAUAUUUUGCAUCAAAAGCCAUCUUUGAUAAUCUAAACAUGAACUUGUUACAUGCAGUAACGGUUUUAUUGUAAACACAAUUUUUUUAACAAGUAGUUGUUAAAAAAGAUAAAAAGAUAUGAAAAAAUAACGGAGUAUUUUCAUGUCAGCGACAGAAGAUCCGAGCCAGCCAGGGGGACCAGAAACUACGACAAACUUUACAAGGUUAGAGAAGUAAUUGUUAUGGCAAAAAACAAUUUCAAAAAUAACUACAGGCCAAGUGGAAACCUUGCAAUAGAUGAAGCCAUGAUGAAGCCAUGAUCAAAUGGACUGGCAGGCUUUCAUUCAAGCAAUAUCUACCUGCUAAACCCAUCAAAAGAGGAAUCAAAGUUUGGAUGAGAUGUGACUCAGAAAAUGCAUUUCUGACAGACUUUGACAUUUACCUUGGCAAAGGAACUGCAAAUUCUGAACAUGGAUUGGGACACGAUGUAGUUACAAAGCUGACCAGAGACUUAACAGGAAAAUACUUUCGUGUUUUUUUUUAUAACUACUUUACAAGCGUUCAACUUAUGCAAGAUUUAUUGGCAGAUAGGAUUUACGCUUGUGGUACUGUUCGGAUGAACCGUAGAGGAUUUCCGGAUGAUCUGAAAGGACGUCUUCGUCUCCAGAGAGGCCAGUCAAUGACGAGACAGAAAGGAAACCUUACAGCAUCUGUGUGGCAGGAUAAAAAACCUGUUGCUUUCCUGAGUACUCUCAGCGACCCUCGAGCCGAAGUACCAGUGACCAGGCAGCAUGGACGCCAGGAGCUGAGAAUGACUCAACCCCAUUCAGCAAAUGAAUAUAACAAAUACAUGAAUGGAGUUGAUCGUCAUGAUCAGCUACGUAUGAAAUACUCUCUUGGAAGAGAUAGUAAAAAAGCAUGGAAAUAUAUGUACUUUUUUCUUGUAAACUGUGUGAUUGUAAAUGCGUUUAUCCUCUUCUCGGCAAGUUCCAUCCGUCAGAAUUCCAAGAAGAGAUAUACCCAUCUGGAUUUCCGAAUGGAGCUUGUACAUCAGCUUAUAGCUGGAUUCAGUGGGAGGAAGAGGAAAGCAGCGGAAAAUGUGCAAGGGGUCCAGGAUGCGGGAAAUUACCAAGGACAUGAAUCUGUGCACAUGGGCACAAAAAGAAGGUGUCGUGUUCAUUUGACUAAAAAAGAAAGAAAAGAGACUGUUUUUGGCUGCAAAGUUUGCAAUGUUCACCUAUGUAAAGAUGGGUGUCAUUUUGCCUAUCAUAAUGGACAAUAAAUACUUCAAACUGUGAAGUUAUGCAAUAAAUUAGUGACUUUUAUUGUUGUGUUUAUAUUCAUCCUUCACAUUUGGAGAGCAAUAUUUUUUUACUAAUUAAUUCAAAUGGACUUUGAUAAGCACAGCUGUGAAGGUGAGACCCUCCUGAAAAAGAAAAUAUAUGGUUUUAUAUACUUGUUAAUAAAAAUAAUCAUAAAGCAAUAAAAUUUGUAAGAGCAGUGUGAUUUCUUUGUUGAUUCCUGAAAGUCUCUGAGUAAACGGGGUUAUCAGUGCUGCUGCUUAUCUGUGGAGAUAAGCCUGGGGCAGCAGGCUGCUGUGCGAGUAUGCAGUGAUGCCUUAUCUCUAUAGCUGUGAGGGGGAAAGAGUUAAGGAACAAUAUAUUAUUAUUAUUAAGAAAGCUAAAGAACUAGACAAUAUUCAAACUUAAAAAUGAUUCAAUGCACUAGCUACACAAGUUUAUACAUUGAAAUGGACUGAAUUGUACAUUGAAAUGGACUGAAUUAAAUUGGUUUAAUUUUUUCUUUCACAAGAGGGUGUCAGAUAUCCAAUAGUGCUUUGGGGUUUUUUUACAGACUAUAAUGUGUUCUUUCAUGUCUAAUGGUUUUAAUGUUGUAGAAUUACAAAAUUCUGCGCAAAGGAGAGCAACAGCUAACAUUUUAGAGCUUAGAGAGAUUAGUUAGGAUCAUUCUGUAGAAGAAACUGAAGCAAGCUCUACCUCAACUUUGAGAGAACCAGCUAGAGCAAUUAGUAAGGAACUAGACAAUAUUCAAACUUCCGACAAUAACCAUGAUUGCGUUUGCUGUUGGUGUCCAUCAAAGUCUUCCAAAACUGGCCAAGUUAAAGUAUGGAACAAGUGAGAAGGAUCUGUAUGUGAAAAUGAUGGAGAAAAAACCUCAGAGGACUAGUGAAUGUAUUGGAAAUGGAUUCUUUGUAGUUGUGCAUAUAACAACAGGACAUUUUCUCCAGAUGAAGAAGUUGCAAUUUGUGAAACACUUGGGGAUUUCAAUUCAGCACUUUUCUUUAAAUGUCUGUCCAUAGGUCAUCAGAUUGUGCAUAGUACGGAAUACAAAUCCACGCAAAGAAGAAACAAUGCCAUUGUUAAAUACAAGGACAAUUUUGGUGAAGUGAAAACUUUUGUUAAAGUGAUUGUAAAUGAAGAGACAUGUGUUCUUGCGCUCAUCCACCCAAUGGAAAGAUCUACAGUUACAAUCCCUAACUGCCAAAGAGCUGCGAAUAGCCACUCCAUACCAUUGAGGCCACCAUCAAGAAGAUAUAUUGUCGCUGUGCCAGUGAAGGACAUUUGCGAAGUAUGUGUAUGCGUUUUGUUGAGCAAUGAACUUUGUUUUGUUUCGGCAACACCAAACAGAAUUGAGAAGGAGUGAGGAACUGUAGACUUAGCCAGAACAGUUUGACUUUCUAGUAUUCUAGUUAACUGACUGCAUUUCUUAAAAAUAUUGAUUAUGUACUCUUAAAUGAAACAUGCUGUGUAACGGUAAUUGUAAUAAAUAAAAUGUUAUUAUUGCCCCUGAGAGCACUGAAUCUAUCAUUUUCAUUUUUGGCAUUAAUAUGUCUGAUUUGACUGUCUUUCAAAUUUAUAAAGCAAGUAAUAUGUAUGAUAGAUUUGUGUGCAAAGGUGGCAUAUUACAUGAUGACUGUAUAUUGCAUUUUGUUUUAUUUUUACUACAUGUACUACAAGUCAAAAUUGUUAUGUGCAGGAGUAGUAUUCAAAUGAAAGUGUAUGAAACGAAAUACUUAAAAAAGUUAAAUGAAAAAAUAAAUACAUGCAUAAAAUCUCACUAGAACCUACAAUGAAAUGUAGAUAAAUGAGAUUGGAAAUGUUAUUCAGCAAAUUCUUAAAAAAUCCAUAAAAAAAAAAUAAAAAUAAGACUAAGUCUCCAAAAAGGCACACUUUAGGUACACCAGCUUUAGUUAAAAAUUACUAAGUCUAAAUUAGAUACAUUUUAGGCACACUGAAAAUUUUCUAAGUCCAACAGGAAAAAUACUUAAAACAGUUAAAAAUUUCUAAGUUCCAAUUAGGUACAUGUUAGGUACCUAUAAAAAUAUCUAAGUUAAAAAUAGGCACAUUUCAGGCACACUGCAAAAAGACUAAGUCCAGCAUAGGUUUCUUAUAGGUACACUGCAAAAAGUUUAAGUCGAGCAUAGGCAUUUUAUAGGUACACCAUGAAAAAGAUAAGUCCAGUAUAGGCACAUAGUAGGUACAUUGAAAAAAUAUUAAGUUCAUUUUUGAUACUUUUGAGGUAUGCUUAUUUUGUACCUAUUUUAAUAGGUACAUAUGAAGUACUCUUUAGGCACAGAUAAAGUAUGCCUAUAUGUACUUUUUUUUGGUAUGGGCAGCAUCGAU